AGAGGGACAAAAUCUAGGCAGUAAGCAGUUGCAAACAUGAAUUCAAUCGAAGCGUUUAGCUGUUUGCUGUUGGCAUCAGUGCUAGCUGUUUCAGCUAGGCCGCAAGAUGCCAGUACGAUGCUGAAGAAUACGUUGACCUCAGCCAAUUUCACCCGGCUGGUUGAAGAUUUAGUUAAAUUCGAUAUGGCGGAUAGUGUCAGCAAGGCUGGACCUAAAACUAUAUUCGCCCCGAGCAAUCAGGCUUUCCGAGAAAUGAUGAUGCAAAACCGGCCAAUGACGAAUAACACGGAAAUUAUGCCGAAAUUAUUGCGACGCAGCUUCGUAGUCAAUAGAAGAAUUAUGCCUGCUGACAUCACAAACGAAAUGGUUGUCGAUACUAUUUCAGGAGAUCAGCUACGAUUCAAUAUCUACAACACGGUGAUGACUGUUAACGGUGUCAUCAUGACCAAAGAGCCUCUGGUGGUCAACAACGACGUAGUUGUCUAUCGCAUCAAUAGUGUCAUUCUAUCUUCAUUCACGAAAGGUCAGAACUUGAUGGUCAUGUUAGAAGCUAACAAGGAUCGUUUCUCCAUGUUGAUUCGAUGCAUCCAAGACACUGGACUGACAGAAACCCUAACGAAAGAUGGACCGUUCACUCUGUUCGCACCGACCAACGAGGCGUUCCGUUCUUUAGCUCCGGAAGCAUUGGCUAGACUGAUGGCAGCGCCUGAAGAGAUGAAACGCGUUCUGUCUGGGCACAUAACUAAAGGCACUUAUUUCCUCGGUGCGUUGGACUCCAAAGACAGUGGAACAGACAGCGUUCUACCCACUUUAGAUGGCGGAACCAACAAGAUCAUGAUUUCUGGACGGACCAUUAGAGUGGACGGAGCACCUGUUGUUACCAGCGCUGAUAAUAUUAUGGCAGACAACGGAGUCAUUCACGCUAUUUCCCGCGUUCUUAUGCCCAAUUGAGGAGAAAUGCGUUUGCAAGUUGUCACCAACUAUACGUCAUAGAACUUUUCAAUGCUUUGCUUUUUUGUUUUCUUGAUUAUAUCUGAAAUAAACUACACAUAUCCUCGCAUUGCAAA